GGUGUUGUACUGAAAGCUGAUUCAAUCAAUAAGAAAAUGUCUACGAGUAGUCUUUUAAAUUCCGUGCGUACAUAUUUAGCUUCGCAUCACAUGUUUGUCGACGAUGAAUGGUUGGCUGGAUGCAUAGAGUAUCUAACUGAGGAUAGCAGCACUAAUUAUAACGAAAGAGAGAUACAAAACUUGGCUAAAGAACAAUGGUUGUUGAAUGAUUUGAAAGACAUUUGUCCUGGUUCUUUGCCGGCUAAUUUGAAGAAUCAGCUGAAAACUACCCUAAAUGGACGAUUUGUGUUGCAAAUUAACGCUUGUCUUGAUAUUGGCACACCUGCCUACCAACAAUACUUGAAACUGCAGAAAGUGAACAUGGAGAAUGUAGAGGCCACCACAAACUUUGAUGAUAAGGUACCAAGUCAUAGAAUGAUAAAACUCUACCUAACUGAUGGUGUGCAAACUUUAUCAGCAAUUGAGUACAAGCCGAUGAGGAACCUCAGUUGUGACAUAACACCAGGCUGCAAAAUUCUUAUUAAAGGUCCCGUAGAAUGCCGCCGAGGCGUUCUUCUCCUGACAGAAAGCAUGAUCGAAUUGCUAGGUGGUGAAGUUCAAGAAAUAGCGAUAUCUAAUUCACUGGCUGGUCUAGUAUCUAGCAAACUCGGCCUGCCUGUCACGCAAGAACCUGACCAAAACACAACAAUAACACAACCUCGCAAUGCCACUCUCCCAGCUCCGCAUACACAAAUGCCAUCACGCACCGACCAACAUAACCUGAGCGUUGAAGACUCGAGACCUGUCGCAAGAGUCACGAGCAUUCAAGUGUCAGCUUUCAAUGAUGACGACAUAGAUUUUGACCAAUUAGAAGCCAUUGAAGCCCAAUUCGAUAAUAGACCUUCUACAUACACAAAUAACGAGAGAAAUAGAAUAGAUUCCCAAAUGGAAAAUUCUGGGAAAAGGCCGUUACAAGAUUCUGGUAAUAAACCGGAAAAGAAAUUGAAAAUGGAAUUGAAUGCGUCAAGUGAUUAUCCGGAAGACAAUGAUUUGGUUUUCGAAGACGAAGAUUAUUUGAAUGAAAUGGAAGCAAAAUUCGAUAGAGAAGAAAGAUCUAGGAUCGAAGGACCUAAAGAACCAGUAGUAGUGUCGGCAGAACCGUUUGUGUUUAUUAAACAAAUUAACGAAUUGAGUGUAAGUGAGAGAGCGGGAAGAGUUUUUAAAGUUAAAGGACAGAUUAUGAAGCUUUUGUCAAAGUUGUCUGUAGGUAAAGACGGAUGGAGUCUAAAGUGCACAAUAGUAGACGGCACGGGCAGUAUUGACGCGGACUUCACAAGCAACGUACUUUCUAAAUUGGUUGGGUUCACCCCCCAGGAGAUGAACCAAUUGAAGAAACAGAUGGUAAACAACCCAGUGUUAAAGGCUAAAGCUGUUGAGGCCCUGCAAAAAGCAAAGGACUCGUUACAGAUCCUAUACUGCAUAAUAGAGCUAACAAUUCUAGAAGUGCCACAAAUUACCUGCCUUAUUCCUUUUGAUGAUAGCCACGUGGAUUUGUUGAAGAAACGAACCGGAGACAGCGGGUUAUAGCAUGAGGUUCUACAGUAGAGUACUUUUUAAAGGUCAAUCUUCGGUGCUAUUCUAAUUUUAUUAAGCUGUUGAAUACAUACUAUGUUGUAAUUCGACGUUACAAUUUUCUAUAAUAAAUAGUCGGAUAUACAACUGACGUGUAGUGCGUUGCUACAGUCCAUUUGUUUAGGUACUUAACUAAAUGUAAACAAUCUUGAUACAUCUUUUUAUUGAAACACAUGCUUUACAAAUCAAUAGGUAUAAAAAUAGGCAUGCAAUUUCAUAUGAA